AUGUCCCCCUCGUCGUCGUCCGAGAUGCCGAAGAUCCCCUCCAUCAAGUGGUUCACAAACUCACCUUCUGAUCGGUCAUUAGCAUCAUACUCGUCAUCUCGUGGCAAGGAUGCCAAAGAUACCUCCGGUGAACCAGCUAUCAGCACGGGUGAGCGACAAACUGCAGAGGGCUCAGGAGGCAGUGGAUCGGGUUCUGGAGCCGACACUGGCCGUGAGGCGGCCGAUGUUGCGCGAGCCAUGUGGUACUUGGCCACACGGAGCCCUGCUGUAUCCUGGACCCCCGUCAACAGGUCUGAAGAUGCAAGAGGCGCCGUCUUCUAG